AUGAGCUUCAGCAGUAUAAACCCUGGGAACCAAAGCAAAAAGACCCAGCACAUCCACUUACCACCACAUAUCAAUCGCUUUGAUUCCGUCUCUGAUAGUCUAGAGUCAGAGGAUCCUCUAGUCAGAGAUGCACCAACAAGAAGUCACAGCCAAAGCCCGGUUAAACAACAUCCAGGCUCCUUGACACCAAGUGGUAGAUCAAGUCUCGCUGUCGUUCUCCCGAGGUCACCAGCACAUUUCGAAGCUUACAAAGAAGUCAGCAUCGAUGAGGAUGAAGCCUUUGAUGCGCCGGUCACGUCGGAUCUUACCCCACGGGGAAGACCAAAGUCGUUGUUCAAAGCAGUCAACGCUCUGAAAACGUCGAGUCCGGGUGGUACACAGACGGGAGUUUCCAGCGAUACAACGUCUACAACACCAGCGCGAGGAAGAGGAAGACCUAAAGGGUCAACUAAUAAGUCAAAGGGUCUACAAACAGCAGCUGGAGCUCCUCGACAGGCCCGACAAGCUGCUACUAAGCCGCGGCCUCAUCCCAAUGGGUUUCCAAAACGAAGAGGCCGGCCGCCAAAGCAACCUUCUCCUCCUCCAGAGACCAUCUACUAUCAAGUGGACGCCCCAAUCUUCCCGUUUCUGUGUGAGUGGAGAGACUGCAAGGCUGAACUACAUAACCUCGAAACUCUCCGGCGGCACGUUUACAUCGUUCAUGGUGAUGAUAUCAGCUGUUUAUGGGGAGAGUGUGGGAGGCUGGAGAAACCAUCUGAGUUUGAUACGGACGAGGGGUUCAAAGAACACAUCGAGGAGGCGCAUCUAGUGCCCCUAUCGUGGCACUGCGGUGAUGGUUUUAAUAAUAAUCUUGGCCGGAGGAGUUUACCGAACACGGCAGAGGACGUACCAGACUAUCUCAAGGAUGAACACGGGAACCAAGUUACGCCCUCGAUACGAGAUCAGCAGGAAGAAGAUUUGUUGACGUGGAGAAAGAACCGGCGAAAACUGAAGGACCUGCUCAUUCGUAUGAACGACAACCUCCCCGAUGAGUCAGAUGAAGAAAUGGGAGUCGAGAGACAAGCAGUCUGA